GAAAUCUAGUUCUCCAUGGCAACUAGAUGGCUCCAGUGAAGAUCUCCAAAAGUUUCUCGAGUUGUCUAACCCGGUAGUGCCUGGGGUGUCCGCCAUUGAAAUAGCUGCAGCCCGGGAUCGACGCAAGCGUGAUGCCGAAUCAAAGAAGCGUAAAAACACAAUGGAGGGGAUGCAAGGCUUCGUACAGCCGUCUGGUUCUCUACGGCAAUUGGAUGGGCCUGAUGAUGGUGACUUCAUACAGCAAUUGAACCAGGCAGCGGGCUUUCCAUUGCAGCAACCUGGUCAAAGAUGGGGCACUAUCGUACCACGAUUGCCCGAACCGAUUGAUCCUGGUCUCGUGCAGGAAUCAAGCCAAACGAUGCGCACUUCUCUCCAGCAAACCGACCAGGGGAGGGGGACUUCUCUGCAGCAACCAGGUCUGUCUAUUGGUAUGCGUGUCUUGCAGCCCCCAACCCAGACGGUCGGCAAUCCGCUACAGCAAUCUAAUCAGAGACAAAAUAUAUCAUCCAGGCAGCUGAGUGGCAGUACCAACAUCACUGCUCAAUCAAAUGUCCCAAAUCUGGAUCAUGGGAACGUGCAGACCGAAGCCAGGGCUAGUGCGGUGCGCCGAAUGAGGAAUCCCAAUCCUCAAGACACUAUCCAAGUCAGACCUAGGAUCAGCAGCGCUCCAAAUCCAACGGCUUAUGGCCCAACACUUCUUCCCAGCCCACUGAUUAACACACCGACUUCAGUACCUAGCCGUUUGGUUCCAAAGGCCCGCGAGUCGCUUGGAAGUGAUGACUCGACACUGUCGUCAGGUCCAUCGCAUGUCUCGACGCCGGUGGAUAUGCAAUUCUCUCCUACUGCGCACGUGAACGGGAAAGAGAAAGAGAAGAGCGGUACCCAUCUACCUAGGCUGCAAACACAUCCACACUCGCCGCUCUCAUCAGCUCCCUCGAACCCCACGACGCCCCAGGAUAUGGGAUUCACCAUUCCCGCACAGGCAGAAGGAAUGGAAAAGGAGAUAGGGGAGGCCACCGAAAUAUCCAAACCGCCACCACCGCCUCAGACACAAGUCUCGACUCGGAGAACUAGCGUCCAGUCCAUCACUGACUACGCGCCUUUUGACCCGGCGUUGCUGAGCCAGGACUGCGUCAUCACUUAUGCGAAGGCAGGUCCGUGGAACGUGGCGCCGACAGCUGGAGAGGCAGUUAGACAGGUGAGAGGUGCGAAAGGUGGAGUAUUUCGGGAGGAGGAGAUCGUGUUUGGGGUGAGGUUUCUAGUGGGCUGAGUUUUCAGGUGAGUAACGGGCGUGGAACUAGAUUGGAGCUAGGGAAUGAUCUUGCGGGGGUGAGACUAUGGAGAUGCAAUCAUGAGAAGGGUUCAAUGAUCUGAGAUCAGAUUGCGUGUCACUGUAAAAGCACUUGUAAUCCGGGGAAAACUUGAUUUUGGAGCAAAAGCAGAGGCAGAUAGUAGCCAAUACAGAGUUCAAGUGGCUUCACUUGUUUCUCUAUGUGACGUUGCUUGGAACUUUGGGAGUAUUUCACCGAGUAUUCCCUUCAACACGGCCUGCUGUGACGAACGGUCGCUUCUAUCCGUGUGAUAGCCUGGCACGCGGGGAAUGAAAAAGGUGGCACUCCACGCGUGAAUGCCGCUGCUUGGGCUGCUUCAAUGCAUUUUCAGAACUCUAUGCGGGAUGAAAGCUCGUUAGUCUAGGCUAUGUGGAAACUUGUUGAAGCAC